AUGGCCCUGUGGGGUAGAAGUGCCUACAGACAAAAAACCGUUACGUCCCGCCUCACCAAGCAUCGACACACAAGCCCUCUCAACCUCCUUAAUUUCUUUAUCUUUUUUUCCCUUCACCUCUGUGCUCUUUUUUUAGCCACAGCUGUGCAUUACGCUUGCUUUGCUUGUUUUGUUCUCUUUCGCCAUGCCAUAUUACUACUUUUCUACUUACUGGCACGAGGCCGCGCAAGCCAGAUCCAAGCACGCCAGAAAGUGCGGUGUACUGGUGCAACCUUUUAUCGAUUUCUCAUCAUAUCGCUAUCGCAACGGGCAUGGGCGACGAAAAAGCCAAUCUAA